UGCCAAAAUAGACAAUUUAUUACACGUUUGACAAAAUGCAUUGUUGCACUUCCCUGUGAAAAUUAAAUGGAACGAGUAGCUCGAGGUAAGAUAUCUGAACAUUUUCGUUAUAAGCCGUACAUGAACUGUGUAAUCAAGGAGUUUAUACAAUGUCAUUGGUUUCACUGCCUUUAAUAUGACAUUAUACCGCAUGUAGUAACUUUGGGGAUGGAUUACGUCACCUUACAAAGACUUUCUCACAGCCAAUGAGGUUUCGCCAAAUAGUCUUGCGUCAUAUCAAUGGUGUUUCCUCGGGUCACCCUGUAUCAACACGUCAUCCAUUGAGAAAUCUCAGCGAUGGAGUGACGAAAAUAGUAACAUGUCGCAACCGGUGACUCCAUAUAGCCACGAACAUGUAGUUGGGAAUACAGGGAAAGAUGACGUGUACUCCAGAACAGAGCCUUAUGCUGACGUGUCUUUUUCCCUCUAUUUAUUCCAGCGAGAGUUCGGGCAAAAUCAUACCAACAGUUGGUCGUCUACUCGGAGUGGCGAGACACGGCCAUUUGGUGACGUCUGGAGUCCUAUGCGAUGGCACCAUCACCCUAGCCUGACCCUGCGUCACCACCCAGGCCAUGCCGUCAUGGCUCCACGUCCAUUCCACAUCCACCCCCUGCUGUGGAGCUACUCCCUUAUGAAUGACAUUGACAUGCUCACAGGGUUCCCCUCGCUGUACACUUGUCCGACACACCAGGAAGCGAGAUGCAAUAAACAAGAACAAAAACCAUCCCAACACUACCAGUGUCAGCAGCAAGCUGUGGCAGAUGAGGAAGAAAAGGGAACAAGAAGGCAGGAGCCUGCCAGCACAGCACGGGGACAACAGCAUCAGGACCAGCAGCAAGAAGACAUGGAGGACAUGAUACAGAAGAAAGACUGUCAAGGGUCCAGACAGACAGCAAAGAACUCACCGCUGCAUGCAGUUCUGGAAGAAACAGAAAACAAGAGAGAAGUGGAAGAGAAUGGGAGGAGGGAUUGGCAGGAUGAGCACCUGAGGAGGGAGAAGACUCAGCAGGACAAACUGGUGGGAGACAGGAGGGGAUGGGAGAAAAUGAAGGCACAACAAGAGAAACAGCUGAGAGAAAGAGAAGAACAGGCCAGGAGAAAUGCAGCACAGCAACAAGCACAGCAGUCAGACAGGAGGGAAUACAUGCACCAGAGAUCACAGGCCAGGCAACAGAGCCAGCACAACUCUCAUCAACCAACAUCCCACCAAACACCUCCCAAAGUCCCCAUGUCAGAGGUUGUCUCUGUCCAAACAAAUGGUUACUACCCUGAAAACAUACAUGUUAGGACUGAGGGCAGCCAGCUGAUUGUCAGUGGUAAACAGACCUGCACCUGUGAGGAGCCGUGCUUUGAAAAAGAAUUUGAGCGUCAGUAUGCACUUCCGAGGGGACUGGACACCCGUAGUCUGCGAGCAACUCUCAACAGUGAUGGACAAUUGAGAGUGGAAGGACAUGUGUACAGGGGAGUCACACAGAAGGGUGAUGUUAGGGUGGAGGUACAAGGUGUAGGGGCGUGGCAGAGACCUCCGGUGGAGGAUCCUACUUGUGGGGGCAGGAAAUCUGGCUUCAGGUUAAGGAAAACUGCACAGAGAAGAAGCAGUGCUCCUGCUGCUACUGAUGUGACAGAAGAUGUGCCUAGGUUUGAUAAGUACCUGGAUGAGGAAGAGAAUGAUGGAGUCACGAUUGAGGUAGUGGAAGAGUAAAGUGCACUGGCUAAACUAAACAUAUUAGUAGUUUGGACCCUUGUAGGCAUUGGUGUGAUGUAUUAAGACAAUAUCUUUCAGUUUACCUCACUACAAAGUUAGGUACUACAUGUAGUAUUCAAUGUCCAUUACUGUGCAUAGGGCAUAAACUUAGACCAUAGGCACAUUUGGCAGCAAACUUCCAUCUAGGUCAUAACCACCGAGGGACAUUCAUUUGUAGCAUUCUUCUGUUUAGACAUCAUGUGCAAUACUAGCUAAGAUGUAGUCUAAAUACGAGAGCUUUACCUACAAUUUUAAUGUGUUUCAUAUCAUUUUUUGGUAGUGGAACAACUUUUAGAACUACUGCACUGUAAUAACACAUAAUUUGUUAUUAUUCAACGACAUUGAGCAAGCAGGAUAUAUGUUGCUCAUUACAUUUACCAAGGACGUUCUAUCUGAUACAAC